AUGUCUGGUUCUAAGCAUUGUUUCAUAUUGUCUUUGAUUGUGACCUUGUCGUGGUCGAGCAUCAAUAUGUGCUUGGCAACUCGUCGCCUUUUGGACACACCGGCAGCUCCACCCCCGGCAUUGACCCUGCCUACAAUUCCAUCUCUUCCCAAGGCUACACUGCCUCCUUUGCCCUCUCAGCCAACACUGCCUAAAACCACAUUGCCACCGUUGCCAUCCUCUCCUUUGCCAACACUUCCAACUCAACCUACUCUGCCAAAACCCACACUGCCACCACUUCCCAGCACCCAAUUCCCCUCUCAGCCAACACUGCCUAAAGCCACAUUGCCUCCAUUGCCAACUCUGCCAAGCACCCAAGUCCCCACCUUACCAAACCCAACUUUGCCAUCAGUCCCGAAGGUGACUCUACCUCCUCUGCCAGCCACUCCAUUGCCCACCAUCCCAACAACAAUCCCAUCCAUUCCUACCAAUCCAACAACGAUCCCAGCAAUUCCUUCCAUCUCCCCACCACCAUCAAAUUGA